UGCACAUGUCAACAUCUCCACACUUUGUGCCAAGAUGACAUCCAUUGGAAGCGAUUCUGCAAGAGAUACUGGUUGCUUAAAGAAUGUCGUGAAGGGGUCAGUUGGCGUCAGUAUUUCAUGCAAUGGUAUCAUGAUUAUGGCAACUACAUCGGUGUGUAUCGUGAGAUCCGGCAAGCCUGGGAUAGAAUUGAGGGUUACUUGAAAGAAAACGUGCCCAUGACUUAUGACAUGCUCAACGAUGGCCUGAGUGAGAAAGAAUUGGAUGAAGUGGAGGAGAGCCUCAAUUAUAAGCUCCCCGACGACAUGAGAUGUUCAAUAAGGAUCCACAAUGGGCAGAAGGAUGCGACCAACUCUGAAUUAGUCAUGCUAUUAGGACAGGAUGUACCUCCAAAAGGUGUGUUUGGCUCAGGUAUGGGUUAUAUGUCUGGGAAUGACCAAGCGUAUUACUGGUCAGAACUGCUGAAUCCGGUCCAGCUUCACAGGUCACAGUUACAGUCCUUUGUUAUUGGCCUUGGAGCCAUCCCCAUCACAAUGGCGAGUGUGUCGCAUCUGAUCAGUGUCAUGGUCUCUCUUGAUGAAUCGAAGAAUGGCAGCAAAAGAGGACAGAUCUUGUAUAUGUCGGGAGAUGGCUCUUACCUCAUGGAUCCAUCGGCUUCAUAUGCUGUUUUAGCCGAUUCAUAUAAGGAAUGGUUGUGCCAGUUCUCCUUGGAUAUGGUGAAUGGCAAAUAUCCUGUUGUCAACAAUGAGCUGUUCCGUUUCUACCACGACCCUGAAUGUGUCGAAGUUACAAUGCAUGUCAAAGUAACCGUUGGAACAAUGUUUCUUCCAUUUAGUCAUCCAGACCAUCCUAGUUUUAGCUAUUACAUAACAAUGUCUAUGUCAGAGUCCGCCCCUGUGUCUGCAUCGUGUCAAUUAGAAACACGGCACUGGUUGAUCAAGCAUGACUAUGGUGUUGAUGAGGUCAAUGGAGAGGCUGUUGUUGGAGAAUACCCUAUAAUGCGACCUGGCGAAAAGUUUUCGUAUGUUAGCCGUACAAAUAUAGCUUCUCCCACUGGACAGAUGGGUGGUCAUUUUGUAUUUAGGAACCUUGAAACAGAUGAACGUUUCCAAGUCGUCUGUCCAACGUUUCAACUGCGAGCUCCUAGGAUAGUCACAUUUGAAGAGAGGGUAGAAAGACUAGCUGAACUGAAGAAAAACCAAUGACACAUGGUUCCGCGGUAGAAUCUCCUUAUUUAUUAAAUACUGUAAUUUUCAGGUUUUUCACGGCAAGCAAAAUUUGCGAAAAUAUAAUGUAAUUGUUGAUUUUUCUGUUGGUUACACAUACUUCCCGGUUUUAAGUACCGUUAUUUCAAGAAUAGUUUGGCUGAGAAUAUGCAAUCAUUUAAUCAUAGAAUUUAGAAAUGUGUAUCUGAUUGUGGCAAAUUCUCACAAUGAGGUAUGCCUUCCCUUUUAAAAGAUGAGAGUUCAUGUCAGGUAAGGCAGAAGUUGAGGAUUUUGAAGUUCAACAUGAAAUAUCUCAUCCCUCCAGCCUCUAUGGUUGUGAGUUCAAAACUUCAGCUCUUGUCAGAACCAAAUAUAUAUUUUUUAAAAUGCAGUUUUUUCGUAUUUCUCAGAUGUAUUCUCAGCUCAUGUAUUCUUGGUAAAGUUCAUAUUUAUAUUCAUAUCAAGUUUGUAUCGAGGAGGAUGGCAGAUGUGUAUCACUUCACAGUAUGCCAAAUUAUGUAUUGUUGUUGGGUUGGUUUCUUUUUUUUUUUGGGGGGGGGCAUUUUCAUCAUGUGUGUGAGAUUCACAACUGUCAUGAACUACCUUGAAUAGACCUCCUUGGUUAUGAUAAAUAUCAUCCUCUGCUUCGGAGGCAUUUUAGAGUUAAAAUUGAACAUCACCAUUGGUCUAUUUUGAAAAUACCAAAACCCUCUCAAGUGCCGCUAAAAUUGUGUCAGAACCCUCAACGUACUUGUUACCGGGCUAAAGACAUACAUCUGGAAGAAGAGUGAAGAAAAUUGGAAAUAUAUUGGACACAAAAAUGUCGGCGAGGCGACAGUUUAUUCGCACAUUUUAGAAGCGCCUGCAUGGUGGCACAUGAGAACCAUAACAGUAAUCUAUAGCAUGAUGGCACAUGACAGCUAUUACAGUAACUCAAGCAAUUACA